AUGCAUGUAACGUUGUCCAAACUGGUAGGGUUCUUUUUUGUAACUCACCUUGUUAGCCCCUGUAACAGUGUAAAGAGAAGUAACCGCAGAGGAGAAGCUCUCGUUUGUUUCAUCCCCCGGAGUUAUUUCUUUUACGAGAAGAAUGGCAUCUCUGGUGGGAGGAAAGCGAGGUGGAGGAGUUGUGAGAACAGGAAGGGAGGAAGAUUCGCUGUGAAUGACUCAAGGGAGAUUUCUCCCGGGGGAGGUAACACUAAUGACACGGUUGCCGCGUCUGUCAUGAAUACCGCUAAUACCUCCAAUACUAGUAAUACCGCUAAUAACUCCAAUAAUGGUAAUGUCGCUAAUACCUCCAAUACUAGUAAUACCGCUAAUACCUGCAGUAUGGCCCUGCGGGAGGAGUACCUUGCGAGGAUGCUGAGCGAAGGAGAUACGAUAUAUGCGUUGAGCUCGGGCAGGGACGUGAGCGCCAUAGCGGUGGUCCGUAUGUCGGGUUCCCUGAGCAGGAUCGUCCUGGAGGUGCUCUUGCAUGGAGGAGAAAAUCAUAUAGGCAAUAAGAUAUGCGGUGAGGGAAAUAGUGAGUUCUCCCCGGAGGAGCCCCCCCCGGACAUUCCCGCGGGGAAAAAAAAAACAGAAUACAGCCUAGACCAAGUAAUAAAGCUAAGGAAAGACUUCGAAGAAAGGAAAAUGUACCACGGAGAGAUAUAUAGCAAUUCCAACGAACCGAUCGACCAGAUAAUGUACACCUUCUUUAAGGGACCCAAGUCCUACACAGGAGAAGACAUAGUUGAGAUAUACUGUCAUGGAUCUCCACUAAUUGUGAAUGAAAUUAUGGAUGAGAUCGAAAAAUUAAAUACCCUGUUCAGCAACUUACUGAAAACUGAAAAGCAAAAGUAUUAUAGCCAAAAUGAUAAAAAAGAAAAUUUCACCUGCACAUGUUCAGAAGAAAUUUGGAACAAAUUAUUAACCCCACGAAAUGAUUUUUUUUUUAACAAAAUAAGGUUAAGUAUGAAGGGAGAAUUCACCAGAAGAUCUUUCUUAAAUGGGAAAAUGAAUUUACUCCAGGUGGAAGGAUUGAAGGAGUUACUUUGGUGCAAGAAGAAAGAACAAAAAAAAGUUGCGUUGAAUUAUUUAAAAGGACAGGCAAGGAAUGUCUACGUAACGUUGCGCAAUAACAUGAAGAAGCUUCUGCUGUACACACAAGUUAAAAUCGACCUGGAGGACGAACACUUAUCCUCUAAAGAGGAGAGAACAAAUAUCAACCAAUUCAUAAAGCUCCAUCUGGAAAACGUUAUUGAAAGCAUUAGGAAAAUUUUAAUGAAACCAAAUGUGGAAGACUUAAGUAACCCCCUUGAUGUUCUUCUUUUCGGUCAGGUCAAUUCUGGGAAGAGCACUUUGAUGAACCGUAUUUGUGGUAGUGAUGUUUCCAUCGUUACGAGGAUUAAAGGGAGCACCAUUGACGUGGUCCAGAAGGGAGUGAGCAUUGGAGGGAGGUCCUACAACUUUUGCGACUCUGCGGGGGUUAGUACUCAUGUACUAAGGGAGGAAUUCCUACGUAGGGAUUACCCGAAUGUGGAUUCCCCCUUUGGAGAGAAUACUCCACAUAGGGCACUCGAGCGCAUGGGCGUAAAGAAAACAAUCAAGUACCUACGGAAAAGCGCAUGCGUCCUAAUCAUACUGAAUGUGAGGAAAUACGUGGAUGAGCUCAAAUUUGCCCUUUCCAUUCUGCAAAACAAAUUUAGGGGGAAAUCCAACAUGGAGGAAACAACCCCCCUCCUCCUGCCCCAGUUUAUCAUCUGCGUGAACAAGUGCGACUUAUCCAUUGAUGAAACGCACGAUCAGGUGAGGAUCAAAAUAUGGGAGAUCCUAAACAGGAAUUUACAGAACCCCGAUUUUAGAAGAAUAUAUCGAAAUGUUUGGCAGACCAUUUUUUUCGUUUCGUCCAAGGAGGGACACAAUGUGGACGCCCUCUUGAAGGGUCUCAACGAGGUGAUGGAAAUGAGGUAUAAAGGAAAAAACGAAAAAAAAAAUGAAGGAAAACUGGAAGGGAAAAACGAAGAAGAAAACACAGGAGAAAACAUACACUCCCCCACGUUCCUCCCAUUCGAGAGGCACAAGACCCACCUGCGGCGGGCAUUGAAGCACCUGUUGUUUAUAAAGCGGCAUAGGCACCUCCUAACAUUUGACAUCAUCGCGGAGGAAAUAAAGUUAGCUGUUAAAGCCCUCAAUGGGAUCAUUGGUGGAUUCAGCCAGGCCAAAAUACUAAAUGAGAUUCUAGACUCCUUCUGCGUCGGUAAGUAG